GAUUUGGAUUUGUCAGUCUCACAGAUUAAUUACACAUAGCUCAAAUUCCCCAAGUUCUAUUGCGUUCAGUUUUAUUCCAAAUUCUAAGUAACAUGGAUGCCAUUGAGAGAGAGUCGGCGGUGGAGCAGCCACCGAAAAAGGGCAGCGAGACGCUGCUGGAAGGCGGUUCUUCCAACACGAUGCUGUGCCCGGCCAAGGACAAGGGCAACGAGUCGCUGAAGGGUGGUUCAUUUGAAUCGAUGCUGUGCCCGGCGAACAUGACGGCGCGUAGCAGAAAGGCCUGCCUGCAGCACAUGAUAGCCGAGCUGCCGGGGCCAGUGCACAAUCGGAUUGUGGCCCUGAAGCACAAUCAAAUGCAGCAGAUUAAGAUAUCGGAGCAGUUUUAUCGGAAGGUGUACGAGCUGGAGAAGCAAUAUUAUUUGCAGUGUGCCGAGCUGUUUGAUGUGCGGCGCGUCAUCAUUGAGGGGUCUGUGGAGCCGCCACCGAUGGAGCCCGCUUGGAGCGAGGAGCCCGAUGCGCUGGUUGAGGAGCUCAAGGCCAGCGAUGAGUUCCAACGGCUGGCCGUGCUCAUGCCCAAGAUGCCGGACAAUGCAGUGGGUGUGCCCCGCUUCUGGCUGAGCAUCUUCCGGAACGUUUCCCUGCUCUCGGACAUGGUGCAGCACUAUGACGAGCCGCUGCUCGAGUGCCUGAUGGACCUACGCAUCAGCUACGGGCCGGCGUGCUACACCAUCGAGUUUCUAUUUCGGAGCAACAGCUACCUGGACGACUGCUCGCUGAUGCUCACCAAGAAGUACUUUCUGCACCACCAGGCGGACGAGGAGUAUCCAUUCUCGUUCGAGGGCCCCGAGAUCGUGAGCUGCGAGGGCUGCCACAUCGAUUGGCGCAAUGGCUGCAACCUCACGCAGCAUGAGGCAAACGGAAUGCCGCGCGAGUCCUUCUUCCAGUUCUUCGCGCCGCCACAGCCACUGGACUUGUCAGUGGCCGACGAGCAGACCAAAAUGCUGCUUGCCAUUGACUUUGAGGUGGGCUUCCUGCUGCGCACUCAGAUCGUGCCCAAGGCCGUGCUCUUUUACACCGGCGACAUUGUGGACAGCACCAACGAGGGGCUCAACGUCAGCGACUCCACCUCGGAGCCGUCCGAUACCGACACCGAGACAUCUGCUGCCCCUGCCCCUGGCCCAGCUUCCGCACACAUGCCGGAGCAGCUUUAGUUUUUUGGCAAACUGUUGUAUUGAAUAUGUAUAAAUAAAAUGGCUAAUUGUUUAUCGGCUCUCUACUUG